AUGUCAUUGUCAAACAAAAUAAAACUUAUUUUUCCAUGGUUAUAGUGUUUUAACUUAAUAAAAUAAUGUAGAUAUUUAACAGUCUCGUAUUUAUAUUUUGUUGAUGAAAACUUCGAUUUAACGGUUAUUAACAAAAAUUCUAUAGAUGGUUUCAUAAUACUCUUCGUGAAUCAGUACAAGGUUUUCUUGUCAAGUGUUCAUUGUCAUUAAAAUGGGUAAUGCGGGAAGUAAUCAACCUAAAGAAUGGCAUAAGGAUAAUAUAUCUAAGCAGCUUGAUGCGCCAUCAUCACCGAGUAAAGAAGGAGAAGCUUUUACAUUUGAUAAACGAACUGACGAUGACCCAAUCGGCCGCGAUGAUGACAACAACAUUGAAGACGGAGCUCCUUAUUAUACGAAGGCAGUUCCUGAAAGUAAUGUGGAAUAUCAAGAAUCAGCGGAUUUACCAACUACAUUAACCGACGGUAGUAAUAUCAUUGACGACAUCAAAGUUUUACCUACAGUAUUCAAAUGGGAUGGUGGUGGAAAGCAGGUUUAUAUUAGUGGUACAUUUACUGACUGGAAAACAAUUCCUAUGGUGAAAUCUCAUGGUGACUUUGUCACUAUAAUUGAUUUACCUGAGGGUGAACAUCAGUAUAAGUAUUUUGUUGAUGGAGAAUGGCGUCACGACCCUGGUGCGAAAGUAAUAGAUAAUGGUAUGGGUUCUAAAAAUAAUUUGGUUACAGUAAAAUUGUCUGAUUUUGAAGUAUUUCAAGCAUUGGCCAAAGAUAGCGAGGGAAUCCACAGCGGUGCACAAACUGAAUAUUCACAGGAGAUACCACAGUCUAAGCCGUGGGAGAAAGUAACAGGCCCUCCAAUAUUACCACCUCAUCUUUUACAAGUUAUUUUAAAUAAGGACACUCCACUUUCGUGUGAGCCUACAUUGUUACCUGAACCUAAUCAUGUCAUGUUAAACCAUCUUUACGCAUUAUCUAUAAAAGAUGGUGUUAUGGUGCUAUCUGCUACUCAUCGCUAUAGGAAGAAAUAUGUUACGACAUUGCUUUACAAGCCUAUAUAAAUAUCUGUUGUUAGUAGAAUAGUAAAAAUGUAAAAUGCCCUGUUUACAUAAUUCCAGUACAGCGGCAGAAUCCACCACUGGAUUGUAAGAAAAUUAUAAAACCACAUUGGAUCCCAUAUAGGUUAUUCAGUUAUGGUUUCAAUUGCUGGACUGGAAUGAUGUAAGCUGGAUAUUAAGAUAUUUAUUUUAUGCUUGGUGUAAUGCUAAUUGAUGUAAUUUAAUUGUUUUCAAACUAUUAAAGGCAGAAGUCAUAA